AUGAAGCUAUCCACUACCACACUUUCCGCCCUGCUUGCUGGUCUUGCCAUGGCUCAAUCAACAUUUUGGGCAUGCAAAUUAGACGACGCAUCAGGGACCUGCUACGAGUUCGCCAAGGUAGAUGGAAAAGAUUCUCGCACUCCGAAUGAACCCGUUCCUUGCCUCGAGGAUAGCGCAACCCAAAGGAACUACGCCAGGUGCAUAUACAACUAUGGGCAGGUGCUCUUAAUGAUGCAUUUCGGAACCGUGUGUCAAUUGUCAGAGGUAGAAAUAGCGAAGAGCUAG